AUGCCUGCCAGAAAUCGUUUAAUUUCAUCAUCACCGGCAGCCUCGCCGCCACCACCAAUUCCAACCGGCAAAGGGUCACGUUCUGCCGUGGAUCCAGCUUUGUCCGAAUACAUAGACAAGUCAAUACAUAUCCCAGAAUUGACUCUCCCUGAGCAUGUUCAUAGUAUAAAGCCACUUGAUAUUGAUUAUCAAUUGCUCAUAUCAAUGGAUGAUGAUAAUGACUCGAUCAGUCGGCUGUCGACAUCGGCUAGGGGACUCGGAAUUUUUCGGAUUUUUGGGCAUGGAAUUUCUAGUGAGGAGUUGAGAUCAACAUUAGUUGAUAGUGAACAGAUAUUUGGACUGCCAGUUAAAUGUUGCACAAAUUAUGGAGAUCAUGAGAAGUUUGUGUGGUGUGAUGAUGAUAAGGAGUUCAUAGAGAAGGGUAAAAUUGUUCUUGGAGAGCAAAAAUUUCAAAUUUUUAGGCAAAACAUGGAGAAUGUUGCCAUAAAACUCAAAGCUAUUGCAGAAGAAUUGGCAAAGGUAAUUGCUCCAAGUGCUAUAAACCAAUCUCCAGAGCAAGUUCAAUUAGGAGAAUCCACAAUGAGCAUUUAUAGGUACCAUCGAGCUAAUAUCAUCGAUCGAAUCCCCUCACUAGUCGAAGAAAAAUGCCAAGAAUCGUGUCAAUAUACUUUGAAGCUCCAUCUUCUACUAGAGUCCGGCGAGUUCUGUUUGCAGUCGGAGUCGCAUAGUUCGUCAUUUGGCGCAAGCAACGAUACCAUUGUUGUCACUAUGGGGAAAGAGUUGGAGGAAUGGAGAGAUAGGGAAUUGAAGUCAGCUGGUGGGGAAUUACUCUUCAGGCCUUACCUUCAAACAAACCACCCAUCUUUCUCAAUUGAACAGAAGUGGUCAUCUUGCAAUUUGAAUGGAAUUCAGAAUGAUUCUAACAAGCGAAUCUCAGUGGUUGAUCAGAUCUUGAUUCUAUUGCUAGCGAUAUUUGGACUGCCAGUUAAAUGUUGCACAAAUUAUGGAGAUCAUGAGAAGUUUGUGUGGUGUGAUGAUGAUAAGGAGUUCAUAGAGAAGGGUAAAAUUGUUCUUGGAGAGCAAAAAUAUCAGAUUUUUAGGCAAAACAUGGAGAAUGUUGCCAUAAAACUCAAAGCUAUUGCAGAAGAAUUAGCAAAGGUAAUUGCUCCAAGUGCUGUAAACCAAUCUCCAGAGCAAGUUCAAUUAGGAGAAUCCACAAUGAGCAUUUUUAGGUACCAUCGAGCUAAUAUCAUCGAUCGAAUCCCCUCACUAGUCGAAGAAAAAUGCCAAGAAUCAUGUCAAUAUGCUUUGAAGCUCCAUCUUCUACUAGAGUCCGGCGAGUUCUGUUUGCAGUCGGAGUCGCAUAGUUCGUCAUUUGGCGCAAGCAAUGAUACCAUUGUUGUCACUAUGGGAAAAGAGUUGGAGGAAUGGAGAGAGAGGGAAUUGAACUCAGCUGGUGGGGAAUUACUCUUCAUGCCUUACCUUCAAACAAACCACCCAUCUUUCUCAAUUGAACAGAAGUGGUCAUCUUGUAAUUUGAAUGGAAUUCAGAAUGAUUCUAACAAGCGAAUCUCAGUGGCUGAUCAGAUCUUGAUUCUAUUGCUAGCGGUAUUGUUAUACAAUACUUUUACUUUUGUUUACUCUUGA